AUGAAGCCCUCUGCACAGUGGCCUGAGCCUGUCUCCUCUUCCAUCUCCGAGUGGGCUUCUGUCACAGACCGGAGCGGGCCGGGCCUGACCUUUGGGUGCGCAGCGAGAGGGGCGUGGGGGGCGCAGGUGGGGGGUAAAUGGACCCACGGCAGAAACAAAAGACAGACAAAUAUGAAGCGAGCGAAGGGAGCUAAUGGAGCCCUAACAAGUACCUGUGCGAGUGUAGGUCAGCCAGUGCAGAAUGGCACUUAUUCAGGAAGGAGAAGUGAAGGAAAGUCUGUCCGGCUUUCACCACAGACCAAGACCCCAAGACCCUUUGAGGACCGGUCGCUCACGGACACCCCAGGUCUCCGUCUUGGGGCCGGAUCCUCCACUUCUGCUUUCCUCUAA